CUGCUCCGCCUCCUGCCGCCGCCGCUGCUGCUGCUGCUUCUCCAUCUCCAGAUCGGAUCGCGGUGAGGGAAAAAUGAGCGAGGAGACGGCGACUUCUGACCACGAUAAUAGUUAUGCACGAGUGCGAGCUGUGGUGAUGACCCGGGAUGACUCUAGUGGUGGAUGGUUACCACUUGGAGGAGGUGGACUGAGCUCUGUCACUGUCUUUAAAGCCCUUCAUCAGGAAGAGAAUGGCAGCUAUGCUGACUUUAUUAUUCAUGGAGAGCGACUCAGGGACAAAACGGUGGUUUUAGAAUGUAUGCUAAAGAAGGACCUCAUUUACAACAAGGUCACCCCAACCUUUCAUCACUGGAAGAUUGAUGACAAAAAGUUUGGCCUUACUUUUCAAAGUCCUGCUGAUGCAAGAGCCUUUGACAGAGGCAUUCGAAGAGCUAUAGAAGAUAUUUCUCAAGACUGUCUAACAUCACAGGGUGAAGUUGAAGUAGCUGAAGAUAACUUUCCAGUCACAGAAGAUGAUACUUCCAGUUCUCUUGCAAAAGAUCACUUUUUCCAGCCAGAAACUGUUGUUACCAAUGAGCCCUAUAGAAGUUCAAACAUAAGACCUUCACCCUUUGAAGAUUUGAAUUCCAGGAGAGUGUUCUUGCAGAGCCAAGCUAAUCAAGUAACAUUCAACCAGCCAGACUUGGAUCCUUCCCUUCAGGCCAGAUCUGGGGCCUAUGUGCAUCGGCCAGUUUCAAAGGAGUGUGGAAAUCUGAAAUCCCAAAAUCGGGCACCUUUGAAAACAAUCAGGCAUGUCAGUUUUCAGGAUGAGGAUGAAAUUGUCAGAAUAAAUCCUCGCGAUAUUUUAAUACGUCGUUAUGCAGACUACAGGCAUCCUGACAUGUGGAAAAAUGACUUGGAGAGAGAUGACACUGACUCUAAUGUUGAGUUUUCAAAAUCAGACAGUAAAAAACCUGACUCUCUGUACUUCUGUGAGGAUGGGACUAAGUUAAAUGCGCUCAAAGACUCUGUGGUAUUUAAGACACAGUCUUCCUCAUUAAAAUUUAAGAAGUCAAAAAGAAGAAAAGAGGAUGGUGAGCGUUCUCGCUGCAUAUACUGCCAGGAGAGGUUUAACCAUGAAGAAAAUGGCAGGGGACAGUGUCAGGAUGCUCCAGACCCUAUUAAGAGAUGCAUCUACCAAGUUAGCUGCAUGCUCUGCGCGGAGAGCAUGUUGUAUCACUGUAUGUCAGACUCGGAGGGAGACUUUUCUGACCCCUGUUCAUGUGACACCAGUGAUGACAAAUUUUGCUUGCGAUGGUUGGCCCUGGUGGCACUGUCUUUCAUUGCGCCAUGCAUGUGCUGCUAUGUUCCCUUGCGGUUGUGCCAUCGCUGUGGCGAGGCAUGUGGGUGCUGUGGAGGAAAACACAAAGCUGCCGGAUGAAACCGGCUGGUGCCAAAAUGAGUCUGAAGUCUUUGUUUCCAGGAAUUAGCUAACUUGGAUUUGUGGAGGCUUUUGGCAAGCGGCAUGGCAUCUGGCCUGGCGUCACGGGGGGCCAACCAUGGAAGAAGCCGCAGAACUCGUCAGUUCUUGCCAUUUCACAGAUGCUAGCAGCCAUGCUGGACUGUUUCCUUCGAGUGCAUGGCACAUUUUGUUGAAAGUUGUAAAGGAUUAUUUGAGAAAGGAAGCCAUUUCUGGUUAUUGGCUAUAUUAUUAUAAGGGUGCAAACUCUGAUCCAACUAAAAAGGAAUUAAUUUGGCAUUUUGUACAUUUAUGGCUUAGGUGAUGGGGAGGAAUCUUCAAAAAGAACUGAAUGCAUUUGACACAUAAUUAAACAAAAAAUGCACUAGUGACGGUUGAUUUCAAACUAAGAAAAGUUAACACUUGGCAGAUAUCAGAAAUGAAACUGAAGUGCAACUAAAUCGUUUAUUAGUUGUUUUUUGGAAUCAGUUUUAUGUAUAAAUAACAAAUGUUUAUAUUUAACUAAGUAUAAGGUACGAAUUAUUACAUAAUGAACUUUUCUUCCCCUUCCCAUUUCUAUAGUAGAUACAUUUAUAUCUACUGUCACAUUCCAUAUUUUGAAUAUUUAACUCGUAUAGUUAGUUGCAUUUUUAUUCCACUUGAAUGAAUUGAUAUUUUCAUCUUCAUUUCCCUCCAACUGCAGUUUGUAUUGAGUUAUAUCUGUACAUUCUGGUAAUCUAAAACCUUUUAAGAUAUUCUAAUAGUCUUGAGUGACCAAUUUUUUUUAAGCACAGAUGUAAUUGUCUGAUGUUCUGAUGGGAACAUAACACUUAUUUUUUUUAUAUAUAAAAAAGACUGAUUAAACAUUAUCAGAAAAAAAGUGGGGUUUUGUGUUGUUCAACCAGCAAGUUGUUUUCUUUUGGGGUUUCCUCCUCUAAAAUAUUUUAAUUGCAUUUACAAAUGUUUAGCAAGUUAAAGGAUAUAACCAAAUAAUUAUAAUAGGAUGUUCGUUUGAGGUGUCUCCAGCUAUCAUUCUCCAAAACUAGGAUCGUGUUCAGCUGUUUUAUUAAUCUUUGGGCUUAAUCCUAGUACUUGUUAUUUUACCCCACCCACCCUCACCCUACCCCCAUCCCCCAUGGUAACAUCACUUCAUUCUGUUGCAGAAUUUUAUUUUUAUUUGAACUGGCAAAAGCAUAAAUAUAUUGCAUUAAAAUGUGGUGUGGUUGAAAAAAAACAGGAAAAAAACUUAAUCUAGUAUAUGAAUGAAACAUUUUAUAAGUUUUUUUUUUCAAAUCUGCUGUGUAUUACUUAUUGGAUAAUAACAAUUGGAUAAUGUUCUAACAGAUUGUGUAAUACUCCAGGGAUCAUUUUUUAGUAUGUUAGUAAUUCAUUUAGUAAUCAAUUUUUAGUCAUUUUAGUAAUUUUUUAAUGUUACAUUAAAACUCUAACCAAGUUGAGGGGUGCUCUGUGAAAGAUUCUCUUGGGGGUUCGGAGGAAGGAAGAGGGACUAAAUUUAGAAAAGAAUACCCUUCUUUAGGGCCUAAAGAGUUAUUGUAGGCAAUGAAAGUAAAAAAAAAUCACACUACCUUUUGAAGCUCCUUUUCUAUGCAGGUUCUUAAUGUCAUGUAUUUCUUUUUACAUAUCAUACUAAAGCCUGUUACCUUCCUUUUCUUGCCCUAAGAUCAAACUGAACAAUGUAUAUAACACUAUCUGUAAGAUACUUUUUUUAAAGAAAGCAUUUAUAUUUAUAUGACAGCUUGAACUGACAACAUUGUGUACAUAGAUCAUCUUGAAGUAUUAUUUCACAUUGAAAAGAAGACAAAUAUAUUGAUAACUAUAGAAGUUAUGAAAAAGAGCUUCUUUCUAGUUUUGUACUAAAAAUCAUUCAGAUGAGCUAAGUCCAAGAACAUUAACACUGUAGCAGCAGUCUUAAAUCUCAUUUUUACAGUUUAUAUAUUUGAAAGCUGCUACUGUGGAUAAUUUUCACCCAUCACAUUUUCAGCUAAACUUGAUUUCCCAGAAUAGACUGUUAACUUUCAAAACUACUCUUCAUUGGUAAAAUGAGAGUGAUUGGUUUUUUUUUCCUCGUGAAUGAAAUUUGAUAUUUGUAAGUGCUUAGUUUAUAAUUCAGGUUUGAGCAAAGUGUGAACAACUGAAGAAAAGAACUUGCUGGCUAUAUAGGAAAAUGCUGUGGAAUUGUACUGUGUAUAUACUUUUGGAAAGAAACAAACUUAAUUUCCUCUGUUGAGCACUAAUCAUCAUAGUGCGACUCCUGUUCCUGUACUGUAUUUUAUAUGCAACAGAUAUGCUUUAAUAUUUUUAAUGAAUUUGUGCAUUAAUAUUUUCAAUUUGUUUAACCACUUUGCUGCUACGAUUUUGCCACCCCCUCCCCCUUUCUUUCCUUUACAAUCUAAAACAAUUUGCUUCAUUAAAAAUUAUGAAUAUGGAUGUUACAGGUUGUUAUUUCAUCCUGGGUCUUUAUAAGUUAAUACACCCAGUUUCUAUUCCAAUAACACGAUAAACCUAGGAAAAUCAAUCUAUGCCAUAAACUAAUGACAUAAUAUAUCUGGAUCUUUAUGGAAGGACAGAUUAUGUUAGCUAGAAUGGUGACAUGGAAACAGAUACCUUUAUCAGUCCAUAUGUGGGGAAACCAAAGUAUAAGUAAAUGAUAAAGUAUAAGUAAAUUAAGAAAGGUUUAUUUACACUGCCCCUUAAUGCUUUUUACAAUUGAACUUUCCUCUGAAAAGUUCCUUAGGCUUUUUGUUUGUGAUAUUGAAAGUAGAAAAUACAACCAGCCAAGUAACAUGGAAAGAAACAAUCCUAUGAGGUCUACCUGUGUUACCAUUAUUGAGUGAUGUUUCCCUUGGCCUAGCCUUAAAGGGUAGAAGCGUUUGAUCUCUGAAGACAGCUCAGCUGUAGCACUUCAGCGCCACCUGCUGGGAUAACACCCAUCCAGAAAAACCCUUGAGAUAAGGGACGUGAUAACACACCCCAGUGUUUACAAGUCAGGGACUAUUAAGGAAAGGCACUUUGGCCUCAGGACGCCAGGAGUAAGAAAUAUUUAGAAAAACCUAUAGUCGUUUUCCCCCUGUAGUGUCUUGUUGAAGCCUAGAAUACCUUGUCAUUUCCCUUUUUUUUGUCAUUUAUGGGGUAUAUAAACCAUAAAGGUUUCAUUUAAAAACUAAUGGAUUACUUAAAACUGGCAACUAUAGUAAGCAUUGAAUUCCUAUAUGGACAGAUAUUAAACUAGUUCUGCUCUGAUAAUUUAUUUCUUGGUAAAAACCUUAACCACAAAAAAUUUGUGUGUUAAAGGAAGAAUUUUUGAGAACUUUGCCAAGGAUUAUAUUGUAGCAAAUUCAUUAGAGAGAUUGUGUGUGUGUGUGUGUGAGAGAGAGAGAAUGUGUGUGUAAAAGGAAAGUGAUGGUUUGAGUUUAGUAUUUAAAGGACAAAAGAUUGAAAUUCCCUAGUUUCGUUGGUUAUGCAAACAGCUAUACCCAUAACUAGCUCUUGGAGUAACACUAAAAACAAGAUGCACUUUCUGAUUAUGCUUAAAAUAUCAUCUGUCAUUACUAGGGGCUUUUUUGUUUAAUGAAUAGCGCAAUAAGUUUUUUAUAAAUCCAGAUAAGAUGCAGAAUAUGAGAAAGGGAGGAUUAAAGCAUAGUAUCACACAUGUCCUGUUAAUAUUUGUUGAAACUCGAUGACUGCAUCCUGUACUUUACUAUAUAUAGUAUUGUUUAAAAUCCAAGCAAAUGGUCCGUUAAGCAAGCCUAUAAUUUUUUCCUGCAUUAAAAAGAAAUAUAUUUAAACAUUGGCCCCUUGAAUUAUCUGAAGACACUAGUGCCCCUUGCUUUUUUGACUUGAACUUCAAUCACUUUUCCAAGAAAACCCUGAAAACUCUAGCACAAAUAUACUAUUUUUUUCUUUGUCCCACCCUGCCCUGUGAUCCCCAUCUGUCCUUGAGAUUGAACCUUAAAUUUUAAAACGAUGCCAUUGUAAUGUGCUUUUCAAGCAAUUUCAUACAUGAAAUAAAAAUAGACCACGGUGAUUGAUAGAAAGCAAAGAUGUUAAUAGGCCUUAAGCUACUGUUUGCCUAGCAGCCACGUGGUUAUAAACUUCCUUAUGCUUUGGUGCACUGCUAAAUGUUACCCUUUGUUCCUGAAAACUUAAACUAAAAACUUUGUGAUUAAUUUUGAAAAUUCUAAAGCAUUAUCUAGUGUAAAACCCUUUGUAUUUGAAGCUGCACUAUAAAUGGUACAUAGAUUUUGUGAACACACUGCCUCUCCUUUUUGCAAAUAGUGCCAUUUGCUUUCUACCCUGACCUCAAAAAGUGCCUCGCUUGUAUAUUAUUCCCAUUACCUUCAACUGCUUUCUUUAUAAUGAGCAAUGUAUGAUUUAGUUUAACUCAUCAUAGAUGUAUUUCCUUUUAUGUAUACGAAUAUAUAGCUUGGUACUUUUCAGUAUGUAAUGUAAAUAUGCAUAUAUAAGUUUGUAACUUUUGUUACACCAUAUUUGUGUAAUGGGACAUAUCAGAUAAUAUCAUAAAACAGUUUGUUUUUAGUGGUUCCCACCCUGUAAUUACCUGAUUAAACCUAUUGUGAAAUUAAAAAGGGUUUUUUCUUAAUGUCCUGGGCCUGUUUACACUGACACAUGAGGUGUUAGCUAAAAGCGAAGAAUAACAAAUUAGAGUUUUUAGUCAUAUUUUUUAAAAGUUAAAAUGUUAUUUGAGGGUCGUUUGUUUUUAAAACCCAAAGUUCAUUUAAACGUCACCUCAAAUAACUAGUUCUUUCUUGAUUAUAUUAUGACGUUUUAAAGCCAUAAUGAAUGCUGCAUUUCCAUUUACUGACAUAGGAACAAAUUACUGUUAAUUCUUUAAGAGCGGUUUGGGAGCAUUUGUAGCAACUUUAAAUCCCAAAUUGGCACCUUGUUCCAUACCCUGUGUGCUUCUCAACCAAUACUUUCCAUUGUCAGUUGGCAUUUAUUCAAAAAAUACAACCUAGUUUUAUUACUUGCUUAAAUAAAGUGUUAUGGGGAAGAGUUUUUUUGUUUAUUGUCCUUCUAACCCUGUGCUUUCAUCAGUAAGGAAACUCCCAACUUUGGGUCAUAAGAAGCUGCCUGGGAUAUUGAAAGGUUAAGUAACUUUAAUCUUCCCUAAUUCAAGGCUAGUCCUCUCUUCCUGCUACUUCUGAAUUAGGAAAGUAAAUCUACAAUAAAAUUCAUGUAAUACUUUCCAAGGAUAAACUUUUCGUUUAUGCAUGCCAUUGCUGGCAUUUGAAUAUAGAUAGUUCAGAAUUGACUUCUUAGGCUUGUCUUGUAUUAUUGAAUCUUGUUAUAAAGCAAUUUUUUGCUAUUUUUAUUCCUACGUUUUCAUAAACAUAAGACUUCUUUAUCUAAAGAAAGUUUAAUGUUCACCAAAGAAGUUGAAAACAGGUCUGCUACAAUUUGACAAUGAAAAUGUGUUACAAAUAAAGUUACUGCUUAAAUUAAAAGUAAUUCUUGUAAAACUUUUUUGACUGGCCUACCAUUCAAUUUUUUAAAACUUCCUUUAGAUUCUCUCUUAGGAAAUUCUAGGCCUGAUCAAAGCUUUCAAAAAGUCUGACAACUUGGCCCUGAAACUGUUUUAAAAGACAAACAAUAAACUUUCAUGUUAAGCUUUACAGUAGAGGAAAAGCCAUAUUUAAGUGAAUUUAAUAGAAUGUGCUUUGUUGUAAUAAAAUAUUGUUAAAAAUCAA